AUAAACUCAACAAGGUAACAGAUAAACUCAACAAGGUAACAGAUAAACUCAACAAGGUAACAGAUAAACUCAACAAGGUAACAGAUAAACUCAACAAGGUAACAGAUAAACUCAACAAGGUAACAGACAAACUCAACAAGGCCAGGAUGAGAGCGCACGAUUGGGUGAGAGAGGUGGAGACACCUGUCGUCACAGAUACCAUCGUGGGGGCGACGGACGAGGAGCAAAGAGGACAACCUGAAAUAAGAGAGGGAGAAGAAGAGAAGCUGGAGGAGAAGAAAGAGGGGGAGAAGCUGGAUGAGAAGAAAGAGGGGGAGGAGAUGAAUGAGAAUGAGGAAGAGAAGAAGGAGGGGGAGGAGAUGGGGGAGGAGAUGAAUGAGGAAGAGAGACGAUCCAGGUCUGUAGAGGCAGUGUACCUGUGUUCAGUGGGCUCCCUGGCGGAGGUGACAGCCCGCAGUAUCGAGCAGCUCCACAAGGUGGCAGAGUUGAUCCUCCACGGACAGGACCAGGAGAAACCUGCUAGUGACCAGGCUCACAUUCUCACCAGGUUGACGUGUGCCAUGUGUCGGGAGGUGGGCUGCCUUGCCAGGAAGUUCUCUGAUACUCUGCUCAAAGUUGGGGGUCAGAGAAAAGCAGAGGAGUUGAACCCUUUGGUAGACAGUGUGCUGCUCGAGGGUUCCAACAGCACCACAUACAUCCAGAACGCCUUCCAGCUCCUCCUCCCCGUUCUCCAGAUGUCACACAUCCAGACCCAGCGCUCUAGAACCCGCACGGAACCACAGCCCUAACCCUGUCGUAACCACAGUAACACACCUCAUACUGCAGAGGUGCAGUUAGCAUACUAGCUAGUCCUAAUGAUGUAACUAUGUACAGUAAGAUAAUGUGAUAUAUAUAUAUAUAUAUAUAUGAACAGUGACACUGAGGUAAACUACUAGGUGCCAUAGUAACACUGACUAGUAUAUCUUUAAACUAUUCUAUAAUGCAGUAACAUAGUAUAGAUUCAUGUAGGGAACAACUUCUCAGAUUGAAGCGCUUGUACUCAUGUCUAUUACGCCUCUCCAAAUUGAUUAUUUUAUUAUAUAUAUAUAUAUAUAUAUAUAUAUAUUACUGUCCAGAGGUAAAUCAAAACAUGAUUCAUAUCAACUGGCUAAUUUAACCGGUUUAUCAGAUUAUGUCUUUAUCGUUUUUUAAAAAGCGAAACCCCCCCAAAAAAUGGUUAUGUUGUUAUUGUCACGUAAACCAGAUAGGCUAACCGCUAGGCUACAUGCAGCAGGUAUUGGUUACUGGGCCCAACGCGCUAACCGCUAGGCUACAUGCAGCAGGUAUUGGUUACUGGGUCCAACGCGCUAACCGCUAGGCUACAUGCAGCAGGUAUUGGUUACUGGGCCCAACGCGCU